GUAAACAAUUCACGAUCAAUCAUGAUGAGGAGUCCAACUUGUUAAUUUUAAAAGUCGAUUUGCUCUUUGGUCAUUCGCUUUUUCUUCUUUGAUUCAUCACCGCUUCAUCUGUCCAUUCAAGUGUAAAACAUUAUUCCAGGAAUCCAGUGUAGAGCAAAAAUGUGAAUCAAAGAGACUCGUGCCAUUGUAUCUUUUAUCUCAUUUUGGUUUUGAUACAUUUCUUUUAUUGAUGAUUCAAUCUCUGGUAAUAACUAUGCAACACCCAAGGCAAUAAUAAUGGGCAUCACAAGGAAUGGGAAGAAAGAAAAAGGAGAAAAAUGAAAAUACCAAGAAAUUUGGUCACUGCAUUCAUUGCAUUCAGAUCUUGAUUGGCAAUAUUUUCACUUUGAAGCAAGCAAGAAAAAAAAGACGAAGAAAGAUGAUAAAGAUGAAAAAUGAUGGAAAUGGCAGAGGCAAGGAAAUAUGUCGAAUCGAUUGUAAGCAGAGGAAUCUCAAUGUUACAAUAACAAGAGAAGCAAAUUACACCAAUAAUUUGUAGUUAACAACAAGAGUAUCAUAUUAACAUUUACUGUAACCUCAAAGGCCUUUUAGGGUAACAAGUGAAAGAUGAAUAGGUCACAAUGGCCGUUCUCUUUGGCCUUUGCAAUUUAAUCCUUGAUGAUGAUUGUCGAUGAUAAUGAAAAAUGGAAAUUUGGAGCAAACUUUUUUACUCUUUUUUUUCUGGUUCCUUUCAUUUCCUCGGACAAGAGCAGAAAAGGAGAAGAAAAAAGUGAAAAAAGAAGUGAAACGAAGAGGAAAGCAUCUCAUCUCAUCCAUCUGUACAAAGAUGAAUCUCUCACAUGUGUAUCAUCUUCAUCAUCAUUAUCAUCUUGUAAUGCUUUUCUUGUUAUUAUCUUAAUUUUUCUUCUCGUCCAUCGUUCUUUGCUCUUUUUUUCAUUUGCAAAGAGAAGAAAAAGAAGAAGAAAAAAACACAGAAAAAGUAAAGUAUCUCUUCUGUCAUUCCUCAUCCAGCAUCUCCUCACUUUUGUUCUGUGUAUUUGUUCAUUUUCUUCAUCUUCCUCCUUCUCAUCAUCCUUCUCCUCCCUCAGACAAAAUUGAAUAUUAUUUGCUCUGUUCGCUCACUUUUACUCUUCACCAUUGAGUCUAUGCGUAAAGCCCCUUCACAGUUGAACAUUGGGAGAAUGGUGUUAGACUUUCAUUGAGACAUCAUCUCAUUGUUUCCAUCACAACUAAUCAAAGUUAUUGAAAUCAUUUAUUGUCUCUCUCUCUCUCCCAUUUCCCACCCUCUCUCACUAAACAUCUCUGUCUCUGUCUCUCCCUCGUCUCUCGCUUCUCUCACCAAAGAUCUAACGAUGAUGCUAUGAUUGUCUUAACGGAAAGAUGAGCUUAUUUUACAUUCUGUUAACUGUAACAGUUCAAAUUAUUAUUCUUGCAACAAUUUGCCAAAUACCUUUAACCAUCUCAGCGCCAUCAUCUAAUCACAAUUAUCAAAGUAACAAUCAACAUUAUGGAUAUAAAGAGAAAUUACGAUCUUCGUCUAAAUCGACACCCAAAUUGCCAUCAAGUUUACCACCUUCAUCAUCGUCCACUUUUCACUCGGCAUCAUCUUCUUUACCCUCAUUUUCAUUCGCCUCACAACUUGUCCAUUCACCAAUUAAACGGACACCUCGUGCAGCAACUGCUCGACCUGAGCGACUCUGGGAUUACGGUGUGAUUCCGUAUGAAAUUGAGGCCAACUUUUCAGGUGACCAUAAAGCUCUCUUUAAACAAGCCAUGCGUCAUUGGGAAAACUUUACUUGUAUUCAGUUUGUCGAGCGAACACCCGAACAUCCAAAUUACAUUGUAUUCACCGAACGUCCUUGUGGUUGUUGCUCUUUUGUCGGUAAACGAGGCAAUGGUCCACAAGCCAUUUCAUUGGGUAAAAAUUGUGACAAGUUCGGUAUUGCGGUCCAUGAGUUGGGUCAUGUGGUUGGAUUUUGGCAUGAACACACUCGACCUGAUCGGGAUAAGCACGUUGAAAUUGUCAACAACAACAUAAUGUCGGGCCAAGAGUACAAUUUCAAUAAGCUUUCCGAUGAAGAGGUCAACUCGCUAGGAUUAACCUAUGAUUUUGAUUCGAUUAUGCAUUAUGCUAGAAACACUUUUUCUAAGUCAACCUAUUUAGACACCAUUUUACCUCAAGAAGAUACAAUACAAAAAACGAGACCCGAAAUUGGUCAACGAAUAAGGUUAUCGAAAGGAGACAUUUCACAAACAAAUUUACUCUACAGAUGUCCCAAGUGCGGUCGAACUCUUCAAGAGCCAAGUGACGCCUUUUGGUCUCCUUACUAUCCAAAUGGAUCCAAUCAAAUUGAAAGUGAACAUUGUGAAUGGCGAAUCACGGCAACUCACGGAGAACGCAUUCAAUUGAACAUUACCGAUUUGGACAUUGUCUCUUCUUCUGCAACGGAUGAGGUUAACGAUGAAUGUUUUGACAAUUAUAUUGAAGUUCGAGAUGGCUAUUGGCCUAAAUCACCUUCACUUGGACGAUUUUGUGGAACCAAAACUCCGGACAUUAUCAUGUCCACUGGAUAUCGAUUGUUGGUUACCCUGAAAACGACCAUCAAACAAGUUGGACAUAAAGGUUUCAAAGCUCAUUACGAAGCGAUUUGUGGUGGUGAUAUUGUUAGUGAAGAAGGAACUCUUCAAAGUCCCAAUUAUCCUGAAGACUAUCGACCCAACAAGGAAUGCAUUUGGAAGAUAAUUGUUCCAGAGAAAUAUCAAGUUGCCCUUAAAUUUUCCUCUUUUGAGAUUGAAUCUCAUGACAACUGUGUCUAUGAUUACCUUGAGAUACGAGAUGGACAUUCAUUAUCAAACUCACCCAUUUUGGGUAAAUUUUGUGGACACAGAAUUCCAAAUGAUAUAAGAUCGACAAGCAAUAAACUUUUAAUCAAAUUUGUAUCUGAUUCGUCCGUCCAAAAGGCUGGUUUUUCAGCCAAUUUUAUCAAAGAGUUCGACGAAUGUUCCUCAGGUAACCAUGGAUGUGACCAUAUUUGUGUUAACACAUUAGGUGGUUACCGGUGUGAGUGUCGCAUUGGAUACGAGCUUCACUCAGAUGGGAAAAAGUGUGAAAAUGCUUGCGGUGGUUUAAUUGAACUAUUCAAUGGAACUCUGGUCAGUCCAUCAUUUCCUGAUCUUUAUCCACCCAACAAGAAUUGCAUUUGGGAAAUUGUUGCUCCACCACAAUUCAGGAUAACAUUGAAUUUCACUCAUUUCGAUUUGGAAGGAAAUAAUCAAGAUUGUGAGUAUGACAGUGUUGAGGUGAAGAGUGUUAAAAGUGACAAUCCAGAUUAUUAUAAACAUGGAGUAUUUUGUGGUCCAACAAAUCCGCCGACAAUCACCUCGAUUGGGAAUAGUUUGAGGAUUGCAUUCAACACUGAUAAUAGUGUACAGAAAAGUGGAUUCUCGGCUUCAUUUUUUACCGAUAAAGAUGAAUGUGUUGUUAACAAUGGCGGCUGUCAACACAUUUGUAUCAAUACAAUAGGAUCAUAUAAGUGUGCCUGCCACAAUGGCUUUGUCCUUCAUGAAAAUAAACAUGAUUGCAAGGAGGGAAGUUGUACUCAUUCAAUUGUAUCACCCUUUGGGUUAAUCAGUUCACCCAAUUAUCCUGAACCAUAUCCUAACCGUAAAGACUGUGCUUGGCUAUUUACCACCACUCCAGGUCAUCGAAUUAAACUCGUCUUUGAAGACUUCGAACUGGAAACUCACCCUGAAUGUGCUUAUGAUCAUUUACUUGUCUAUGAUGGACCGACAAUGGAUAAUACCACUUUGGGUAAAUUUUGUGGAUCCAAAUUGCCACAUCCGUUGCUUUCCUCGUCAAACAAGUUGUACAUGAUCUUCAAGUCUGACCCAUCAGUCCAACGGAAAGGCUUUAAAGCAACUCAUACAACUGUUUGUGGUGGCCGGUUGAUUGCUACUUCCAAUGUUGAACAUUUAUAUUCUCAUGCUAAAUACGGUGAUUCCAAUUAUGACAAAAAGGAAGAUUGUGAUUGGGUUAUUGAAGCUCCUGAUGGUUAUCGGGUUAGACUGAGAUUCCUUACCUUUGAAAUUGAAGCGGAAAAUGAUUGUAGCUAUGAUUAUGUGGAAAUAUUUGACGGUUAUGACACUUCAUCUCGUCUUAUUGGACGCUACUGUGGUAAUACUUUGCCACCUGAAGUUUUAUCAACAAGUGAGUACCUUUUGGUUCGCUUUCAUUCCGAUGAUACUCAGCACAACAAAGGAUUUUCUAUUGUUUAUCAUGGAUUGGAUGGAAAUGAAGAUGGACAAUUCAUCAAUCAUUCGUCAUCACUUCGAUAAAUGUUAACUUAUGUGAUUUACAAUCUUCAGCGGAAAUUGAUUGGAAAAAUUAGUGAUAAUCCUUUUUACAUACUCUGCAUAACUCUUUAUUCCGCGAUGCAUCAGAAUAAAAAGUAAUUAACAAUCAACGAAAUAAUCUGAAUAAAGAUGCUUUAACUCGAGA